UGCGCGCCCCAGGUAGUGCCGUCGCCUAGGCUCUGUGGUAAAGGUGCCCCUUGGCCGGGAGGAGAGACCUCAGGGCGCGCCUGGCGGCCCAGAGGGAAGUGCUCUCAGCGGGGCUCAGGUCAGCCGCGCACGUGUGGACAACUCUCGCAGCCUGUGUUGGCUCGCUGGGAGGGUCGUCAACGCCCCCACCGCCCCGAAGCGCUCCUGAGAAAGCUGCGCGUGAUAAUGGCCAGACCCCACGACCCGACUGCGUCUAAGCAGCCUGCUGGCGGCAUUACAGCCCCUAAUUCUCGUCUUCUAACCCGUUGCUCUUUCUAAAAGCGUGAGUGAAGCCGCUCUUCCCACUGGUUUGGCACUUAGUGUUUCCCAGGAAGGUGGCCCGUCGCCCCCUUCCGGUUGGCUCUGGAGCCUUGGUUUCGUUCUGAGCAUCUUCCUUUCGGGCGGUUCUGGGAGUGUCCUGCUGAGGACCUUCCAUCUCAGUUGACUUCCCUGCUCCAGCCAUCUCCGGAUUUAGGUCUUCCGUGGCCUCACUACCCAAGCCACACGUUGGAGUGCAGUGGUGCUGUGCUGGUCUCGUGGGUAAUGCGUGGUUUCUCUGUCUGCAGCCUGGCUCUCUGACAGAUUCCCUUCAGUAAGAGUGUGCUCUGUGGUUGCAAGGCGUGAUGGCUGCCAAAGUGGCUCCUAUGCCCCCAAAGUCAAACCAGUCCUUUAUACUGAGAGUUCCUCCAGACUCCAAGCUGGGCCAGGACCUACUUCGAGAUACCACUAAUGGGCCCAAGACCAUCCACCAGCUGGUGCUGGAGCACUUCCUCACCUUCUUGCCCAAGCCAGGCGCGGCGCAGCCCGGUCAGAAAGCCAAGGAGACCUUGGUUAUAAUGAAGGAUCUGAGCGCAAGCCUUCAGAACAGAGUGCAUCUUCACCCCUUAGUGAAGCUUCUGCCCAGAGGAGUCCCACAGAAACAGGAGACAGUGUCUCUGUGUUUGAAAGCUGACCCGAAGGAGCUGGUGGUCUUUGAAGAUUUAAAUAUAUUUCACUCCCAAGAAGAAUGUGUGAGCCUGGAUCCUACUCAGGAGUCUACCUCGGAGAAGGAAGAGAGCAGUGAUGUUGGAGAGAUGGUGUUACUAGUCAGUGAUGGUAACCCUGAGGGUGAAGAUCUUCAGAAGGAACAUGUAGGGAAUGAAGAUUGUAGAGAAAAGUCUUCAGACUCUGAUGGAAUGGAUUGUUCUUUGGUCUCUAAACAACCUCCAGAUUGCUGUGAAGAAAAAAGACUAAAUACAUCCAUUCCACAGAAAAGGAAAAUGAGAAAUCUUUUAGUUACCAUUGAAAAUGAUACUCCACUAGAGGAACUCUCAAAAUAUGUGGAUGUCAGUGUUAUUGCUCUUACUCGAAGCCGGAGGACAAGGAGGUGGUACACCUGUCCACUGUGUGGGAAACAGUUCAAUGAAAGCUCCUACCUUAUUUCUCAUCGGAGGACUCACACUGGAGAAAAACCCUAUGACUGUAGCCACUGUGGGAAAAGCUUCAACCAUAAAACAAACCUCAAUAAACAUGAGCGAAUCCACACAGGAGAGAAACCUUAUUCCUGUUCUCAGUGUGGGAAAAACUUUCGCCAAAAUUCUCAUCGGAGUCGCCAUGAGGGAAUCCAUGUGAGGGAAAAGAUAUUUAAGUGUCCAGAAUGUGGGAAAACCUUCCCAAAGAAUGAAGAGUUGUUGCUUCAUCUACAGAGUCAUGAGGCUGAGAAGCCAUAUGGCUGCAAGAAAUGUGGGAGAAGAUUUGGUCGGCUGUCAAACUGUACCCGACAUGAGAGAACCCACUCCACAUGUAAGGCGAGGAAGCAGAAGGGAGAGCGGGAAAGAGCUGAUGGUUCUGCCUCAGCUUGAAAAGUUGCACAAGCAUUUCUGAAUUCCCAGGCCACUUGAAAAGAUAACAGAUACCUGAAAACCUCAUUGCAGCCAAAAUUGGAUAAAUCCCCAUCUUGGCUAAACCUCAGAUUGUUAGAAAAUUCACAGGGAAGGACAUGUCCUCAAGGGCUAUACCUCAGUUAGCAUCUAGGCUUUUUGGACUAAGUUUUGUUUUAUGAAGUUGUACACAUGUAUAGGUCACAGAGCCCCCUCCCAGGAAAGACUUUAAAUAUGUUUUUGGAAGCUGCUAGCCUGCAUGGUGAACAGAGUGACUCGUGUCUGUUGAAGGUGUUUCCAUUCUUUUCCCCAUGUGGUCAUUCAUACUUGAGAAAAGAGAAUGCAGAGGUCCUUAUCUGAACUGUGUUCCCAGAAAACCAAACUACUGAUUUGUUAAGCUAGCAGCUUCUCAUAACAAUGCAUUUAACCUCAGAAUGCCCUGUUCAGGCUGGAGUAUCGAAAGGAAUUGUUUACUUAGAAUAUAGGGAAACUACAGCAGUUGAAUGUCAGAAGACUUAAUCUCACUUGUAUGUGAUCUAAAUAACAUUUGCAAUUUGUGUUGAAACUUGAUGAUUUUACAGAAAUCCUUUUCACAACAUAAUUUAAAGUGUCUACUGUUUGUUCUUACUCUAGUUUGGUAUUCUCUCACACAGCUAUCUCAUGCCCUCCCUUGCCAGAAGAGGUUGGGUUUGUUAGGUCUGGUAUCCAGCCCCACUACUGAAAAAGCCUUUUCCAAUCUUGUUCUGCUGAGCCAAUAUCUGGUCUGCUAAGAAGGAAACCCCAGGAGCCUGAAGAGGGGCCAACCUGGAGGCAGGAAAUAGCUUGGAUCCAUGGCUGGUCAAUAACCUGACCAUGCUUAAUUUAUUUCCCUCUCCACAGUCAACAGACCCUUGACAAUGGGUAGUCGCUACCUCACAAAGCAAAGUUUUUAAGACUUAAGUCUCUAGUGGUUAGCUCACAUUCCCCCUCAGGGUUCAGAAUUCUGAAUGUCUCCAUUUAAUGGAGAGUCCCUGUCUUUAGCCCUGCGACAUCCAGACUUUCCUGUUCUCUGUGUAGAAGCAAGGUCACAAGUCCUUGGGCUCCUGUGCCUGCGUUGAGGGCCCAGGGGAGUCUACUGGCUCCUGGCUUUGGAUCGGCACAGCUCUGGCCAUUGCGGCCGACUGGGGAGUGAGCCAGUAGAUGGAGGACCUUCCUUCCCCCUCCCUCCCCCAUGUAGCUCUGACUUUCAAAUAAAUAAAUAAAUCCUUAAAAAAAAAAAAA